UUCAGCAAGUUUGUAAUUGAAUGUUUUUUUGUAGCCACACAUCAAUACCCACGGGGUGGCAGAGCGCGUUAGUCCAGCUGUGCACAUCAUUGUCAUUUUCCUGUUGACUCCGCCACGUUGGUUCCUCUACGUCUGUGUCGCAUUCCCCUGCGCACCACCAACGUUAUGUUUGUGAAGAGGCGGGAAAUGGCGUCUGAAGACAUGGUUCGUCUGUGACUAGCCACCGAGCGACGAAGGCAGCUGGCUCGGCGGUAAACACGGUUCGACCUCGGUUGGUGGCCACCGCGGUCGCAGCCGAGAGCUGACAGCGCUUGGGCAAGUUUUCGAAAGCUUCCAAGAUAAUCGACUUUUCUAUGUGACGUCAGCCAAAAGGAAACAUUGUGAGUUGGAGCCAUCCCCAGUGAGAGUCCGAGGCAAAAUGCAGAAGAAUGAAACUGGACUGCUGUCCACCAUAAAGAAGUUUAUCCGUGGAAAUGCUGUCAAGGUGGAGCAGGAUAUCCCUGCCAAGAGGAGUCGGAUGGACUCUAAUCCGGACGAUAAUCUCAUCACUUCCACUCCACAGACCAGAGGUCUCCCCAACAAAACUGUGUCCAGAGUUUGUCGGAAAACUCCUAAUAGAGACAUGGUGUCAUGCAACAGUAAACCCAUGAAACCAAACGGUAAAAUGGAUCCCCCCGUCAACACAGCAAGCAGCCCACCACGCACCACCCUGCUGGGAACCAUCUUCUCCCCGGUCUUUAACUUUUUCUCACCAGCAACUAAAACUGCCACCCCAGGCUCCGACUCUCCAGGCCAAGCAGUGGAAGCAGAGGAAAUCAUAAAACAGCUGGACAUCGAGCAGGCAGAAGAAAUCCCAAGCAGUGCUCUCACGUCCACCGAAGGGAUCACCCAGUGUCUCACUUCCCCGUUGAUACCUCAGAGUCUUCAAAUCACCUCUGAUUCAACUAUAGAAGAGGGAGAGAUUGUUACAGAAAUUGACAUGCCCCCAUUGACAGCCCCUGGAUGUAUGUCGGAUGGCAGCUACGUACACACGAUACCCGUUGCUCCUCCUGAAACCUCAUAUGAGGAGGACUGGGAGGUCUUUGACCCGUACUUUUUCAUCAAGCACGUGCCUCCUCUGACAGAAGAGCAGUUAACGCGCAAGCCGGCGCUACCUUUGAAGACGCGCAGCACUCCUGAGUUCUCUCUGGUCCUGGACUUGGAUGAAACUCUGGUUCACUGCAGUCUGAACGAGCUGGAAGACGCAGCCCUGACAUUCCCCGUGCUCUUUCAAGACGUCAUAUACCAGGUGUAUGUCCGGCUGAGGCCCUUUUUCCGAGAGUUCCUGGAGCGCAUGUCCCAGCUGUACGAGAUUAUUCUCUUCACGGCUUCGAAGAAAGUCUACGCAGACAAGCUGCUCAACAUCCUGGAUCCCAAAAAACAGUUAGUAAGGCACAGACUAUUUCGAGAGCAUUGUGUCUGUGUUCAAGGAAAUUACAUUAAAGACUUGAACAUACUCGGGAGGGACCUCUCCAAGACGGUAAUAAUCGACAACUCGCCCCAAGCCUUCGCUUACCAGCUUUCCAACGGAAUCCCCAUCGAGAGCUGGUUUGUGGACAGAAACGACAACGAGCUUCUAAAGCUCGUCCCUUUCCUCGAGAAACUCGUGGCGCUGAACGAAGACGUCAGACCGCACAUCCGAGAACGAUUUCGUUUGCACGACCUCCUUCCUCCAGACUGAGCAGCUGCCGUCCAUCCCUCCCUGACACGGUAACAAGAUGUGAGGCGGCAGAGACUGGGAAGGAACCAUUCAGACUUUUUUCUAUUUGCAUAGAAAACUCUUUUUUCUUUUUCUUUUUUUUUCUGUUUUUCGUUUUGUUUUUGUUUUUUCU